AAUGCCUUUAUAGUCCAACCCGUCCCCGGCCUCGGUUUCCACACGUACUCUCCUCUCUCUUUCUCUCUCGUGCAUCGAUCGCUUAUCUAUGGCUGUAUAUAUCUAAAUUAUAUAUACUUCUCUUAGAUUUUCGAAGGAUCAUCUAAUUCUUUGUUUCCAUAUAUAAUUCGCUCAUGGAGUUUCAGAGACAUAUCUCCCUCUUUAUUGUUCUAUUUUCUUGUUUUCUAUAUUUAUCCGAAGCCUACAAAUUCUACGUUGGCGGAAGAGAUGGAUGGGCCUCGUCCCCCUCCGAGAGCUACAGCCACUGGGCGGGGAGAAACAGAUUCAAAGUCGAUGAUACUCUUGUCUUUAAGUAUAAGAAAGGAACGGACUCUGUGCUUGUUGUGAGCAAAGACGAUUACUACAAAUGUAACACAAAAAACCCCAUCAAGAAAUUGGAGGACGGUGAUUCUGAGUUCAACUUGGAUAGGUCCGGACCAUUCUUUUUCAUCAGUGGGAACAAGCAAAACUGUGAGAAGGGGCAGAAAUUGACUGUUACUGUUUUGUCGGUAAGACACAACAACAAAUACCCUCCUCCUUCGUCUCCAACUCCACUUCCUACUCCUAAAGGCGCUCCAGCUCCGGGUACUAAGACCCCGGUGUCUCCCAAAGCAUCCCCUCCGGUACCGGCUCUGGCGCCUAAGCCAUCAGCUCCGGUGGCUAAGCCCCCUGCAAACUCACAUUUUGGACCAGCCUUGUCCCCAAGGUCACCGGCCCAUGGUUCCAGUGCUCCGAAUACAUCACCAGUAUCGGCUCCAUUUCCUAGUCCUAAAGCUCCAGCCCCAGGUACUCAGGCCCCGGUUUCUCCCAAAGCACCCACUUUGGCACCGGCUCUGGCGCCUAAAAAUCCUGCUGGACCAGCCUUGGCACCAAAGUCGUCGUCAUCAACCCCUAUGUCAAAUGCUCCGGCAAAAACACCAGUAUCAGCUCCAUGGUCUUAUUAUGGGCCUGUGCCAGCAGUAUCACCACCAUCGACGUCAACUUCUCCAGAAGUGUCGCCGUCCUUGGCACCUUCUCCAGAAGCCAACACUCCAAGUACGGCACCAUCUUCAACAUCUCCAGCGUCAACACCUGAGUCAACCCCGCCGUCAUCUCUGUCUCCAUUUACAUCUCCGCCAGAGCUAUCACCUUCUCCACCGGAGGAGGCCGGUACCCCAUCUGGAAGCCUAAACGCACCGACGGCGCCACGAUCAUUUGCAUGCGCUGUAAUAGCUCCUUCGAUUACUAAUGUGUUGGCGGGUACCGUUACACUCGCGCUGAGUAUGGCUCUGAGGGGCGCUUUGGGUGCUGUUUAGAAAAGCCCCCAAAAAAUAAUAUUAUGUCUAAUGGUGUAAUAAUUCCUUUCUUCUAGUUUGAUUUGUUCAUUUUCACUUUAUUAAUUCGAGACAAAUAUAAUUAGUUCUUAA